UUUGUUAUAAAAAUUCUGUUUUGUUUCAUUUUGAUAGUUCUGUCCAAAUGCUAAUGACCUACGUAGCUAAUUGCUUACAAUGUUAAACGUUGUAUGUAUUUGUCAAUUUAAAUGGGUUCGCUCUGUGCCUGCCGAGAACUCCAUGCCUCUCGCUGCAGUGCCCAUAGCAAAAAGUGUCACACACUGUACUGAAUUCUAGGGCAGAGUAUUGUUUUGUUACAGUUUUUUGUUUACAGUUUUUGUAAUUUUCUUCUGGUGCAUCCGUGACGUUAAUUUGUGAUUUAGGAUGGUUUAUAGCAUUGAUCAAUGUGUAGACUGAGUAGCAUUUCCUUGAUAUGAUUCGUCUUGAGGUGUCCUAGAUUAAUCUUUCAGUAUUUCUGAAAAAGAACUUAUUAGUACUGCUUUACUGAUCUGUUUUUAAGAAUAUCGGAGGAUAAUUAAAGUAUGUUGAUAAGCAGUGGUGGACAGUAACAGCACAUUAUUUCAAGCACUGCACUGUUGCUAUUAAGGCCGUUACAAAUUUAACCAGGUCUAAAAUCAGCAGCAGUAACACCUCUAAAAUGGACAGUGAGGAUGAUCUGGACAUUUUGACAGCACUGCUCGCUGAGAAUGAGGGCAUUGGAGAAGAGCUGGGCAGUCAAGAGCAGGCAGAUGACUUGGAUGGACUGUUUGAUGGAGAUGAUGAUGAGGAAGUGUACAAAGAUGGCACUGAGGAGGAAGAGCGAGGUGUGGAGCCAGAGAAGGCUGUGUCAGAUCUCUUUGGCGAUGUGGAUGACAUUGAACAAGAAGAGAAAGACACUAAGAAUAAAACAAGUGGAGGAGAAGCUAGUGAGAGCUUGAACAGGUCUAAUGAGGAUUUGCAAGAGAAGCUUAGACAGAUGCAAGAGCAGAUGCAGAGGUUGCAGCAGCAGCUGGAGAUGAGCCAGAAGGUUUCCCCUUCAUCCUCCACUCCCAUCAGGAAAGCAGAGAGUUCAGCUGGUCCCAGAGCAGUGACCCUCAAACCAACGCCUUCCCGUCAGCUGAGCUACAUAGUCACCCAAGCCAAACCAGCCGCUACCAUAGAAAAAACCAAGACACAAUCAACAGCAGCAUCUUCAUGUACUCCAGCUGGAGGUAGAGGUGUGAAGCUUCAGGAAUCCUGUGACUUUAAUGUUCAGCUCAACAGUGCUGACUCCUUUAAAAGCAAACCCAGGGUAGCUCACCAACCGAAACCCAGGACAUGUCCAGAUGUCAUAAAAGUUGGCAGCUCUUUCCAGCCAGUAGAAAGCACUGGCAAGGUUUCCAAACCUCUGCAGUCACCUCCACCUCAGAGCAGAGCUACACCAUCAGGACAGCAUAAAUCUUAUUCUCUCCCUCCUCUUCCAAAAGAUUUGGCUGUUGAGAAAUACUCAGGACUACGGCUCAGAAAACCACGAGUUUCUUCCAGUGAGAUGGAGCACAAGAUGGCUGACCGCCGUCUGAUCCGUCUGUCACAGGUGCCGGAGUGUUUGGCCCGGGAGAAUCUGGAGGACACUGACUGGGUGACAUUUGCAGUGUUGGUUAACAAGGCCACACCACAAAGCAGCCGCAGUGGCAAAACCUUCAGCAUCUGGAAACUGAAUGAUCUCCAUAACCUGGAAGUGUUUGUAUCUCUAUUACUGUUUGACAAAGUCCACAAAGAGCACUGGAAGACUGAGCCGGGUACCGUUAUUGGACUACUCAACCCAAACCUCAUGAAGCAGAAAGAUGGAUAUGAUGGGGUCAGCCUGAUGGUGGAUCACCCACAGAAGGUGCUGCUGAUGGGUGAAGCUCAGGACUAUGGCAUGUGCAAGGCCAUGAAGAAGAAUGGAGAACCCUGCUCUCAGAUUGUUAACCUGUAUGAGUGCCAGUACUGCCAGUAUCAUGUUAAAGCCCAGUAUAAGAAGAUGAGCUCAAAGAGGGCUGAGCUGCAGUCAUCGUUUUCUGGAAAAGCGCCCAAUAAAGUGAAGGGGAAGGGUGGGAGCCUGAGAGAGCGGCUGUGUCAGGACAAUUUCUGGGGGAGCCUGAGAGAGCGGCGGUGUCAGGACAAUUUCUACUACAGCGGCGUGUCCUCAGCUGCCUGCGCUGCGUCCCUAAGGCCAUCCAAACCAAGCAAACCUGUCCAGAAAUCUUUGGACAUGCUGUUUGUCAGAGGCUCAGCUCAGCUCAUCAAUCAGGCCAACAGGCUCGCUGUAAAGUCUGGUGAAGUUUCAGGUUGUUCAAAUGAAUUUAAGAGCCUGAUGUCUAUGCCAACACCUGGAGCUCUGCAGCUGAAGAAGCACUUAGCACAGGGUAGCCAAUCAGUCUCCAAAGACACUGCUGGAGGUCCAAUUCAGUCUAUCUCAGCCUCAGACCUGCUGAAGCAGCAGAAACAGAAGCAAAAGGAGCUUCUGGUGAACCGCCGGAGGAGGGCAGAUGAGAUCCAGAAGACAUUGCUGCAGGACUCAGCUGGGCCCAGACCAGGGUCAUCGUCCUUACUAGGCCAGGACAGUCUGAUGUCCCCAAAAACUGCUUCCAAGGCUCCCUGUGUCAUCCACAGCCCUACAAUGGCCCCCACCCUGGGCCGAGGAUUCUCUGAGGGUGAAGACAUCUUGUUCUUAGAAAACAGCCUGUCUCCGUCUCCAGCUCUUGCUUCCAGUGCUGUCAGCCUAUCAGCCCCCAAGCUGGCUGCACUGAAGAAGCUCAGAACCAAAGGAGCUGGGUUCGAAAAAGACGACCCCAAUGCAGUGAAGAGGAAGAGGAGUAACAUCAGUGAGAUCAGCGACCGAGUGGAGAAGAAUCUGGCCUCACCAAAUGUUGAAUCAUCCAGUAAUGAGGAGGAGCCAGCCCAGAAGAAGAAGCGAGAUCAGCUCGACUACAUCCAGUCAGAGGCUUUUCAGAAGAUCCUGAACACCAAGUCCCGUCAUGGGGUUGUACUACAGGCAGCGGAGUACCAGCUACAGGAGAGAUACUUUGACACUCUGGUGAAGAAGGAGCAGAUGGAAGAGAAGAUGAAGGGCAUCAAAGAAGUGAAGUGUCGUGCUGUCACCUGUAAAAAGUGUAAUUAUACAUACUUCAAGCCGGCGGAUCGCUGUGUGGAGGAGAAUCACAAUCUGCGAUGGCAUGAUUCCAUGAAACGUUUCUUCAAAUGUCCCUGUGGACAGAGGGCCAUUGCUCUGGACAGACUACCACACAAACACUGCAGUAACUGUGGUCUGUUUAAAUGGGAGCGUGAUGGGAUGCUCAAGGAGAAAACUGGACCAAAGCUUGGAGGAGAGCUUUUGCAGCCUCGAGGAGAGGAGCACCCCAAGUUCCUCAACAGCAUGAAGUAACAGCAUCUUCAUCACUACCACAAAGUGCUUGUUGAGGGAACAACAUCAUUUAUAUUUUUGUCUGCAAUAAGUGUAUUAGUAGCAUUUUUACUUUUGUAUGAUUGUUUUUAAAGUUUGUUGUUUUGUUGAUUAUGGAGAUCUAAACUGUAAUUUUACUAGUAUGCUGGAAAGAAGCUCAUUAUGGUGUUGAAAGCUGAGUUGAAUAAUUAGCAACAAUUCACGUGACAUAGCUGUUUCUACUUAUCGUGUGAAUGCACAGAUUCUGCUGCACCACUGGAAAGUAUGGAAAGUCUAAAUAUCUAGUGAAAUUAUAUCAGCAUACGAUGUAAAUAUAUUCAUCCAAUUAAAAUAUAAACAUUAAACCCA